GUCCCUUUAACCACAGGUUGUCCAGAGAAACAAUAGACCUCCCUGGGGAUUAUUAUCCUUCUGACUGCACACCAGAGAUGUAGGGCUCUGAUGCAUAGGUGCUAUGAAAAGAAUGGAAGAAAGGAACCAACUUCCUGGCAGGUUCACAGCUGAGUCUUUGUGAAGGAGCUGAAGGUCCUUCUGCACCCAUAACACCAUUUUCUGGCUCUGUGGUACUUCCACAUCUGUGUUAGCCAACAAACCCCCUUGGGAAACAUGAAGAUUUUUUCCCUCUACCAAGCAUUCAGAUUCAUCUGGCUCACCAAACCAGCUGGCCGGCAUUUCCAUAGAGAUAACCAGCUUCAGGUGCUGCUGAAUCUUGCUGACUGUGAAGCCAUCAACCGCUGUGAGAGACCAUUGCCUAAGAACUUUAACUUUGCAGGAGAUGUGCUGGACCAGUGGUCCCAAAAGGAAAAGACAGGAGAAAGACCAGCCAACCCAGCCCUUUGGUGGGUUAAUGGCAAAGGGAACGAGGUGAAAUGGACCUUUGGAGAACUGGGCACCUUGUCCCGAAAGGCUGCCAAUGUGCUCAUCGAGCCCUGUGGCCUAAAGAGAGGAGACAGAGUGGCCAUCAUUCUGCCCCGAAUCCCCGAGUGGUGGCUGGUCAACGUGGCUUGUAUGCGAACAGGGCUUGUCUUCAUGCCAGGAACAACACAGCUGACUGCAAAAGACAUCCUCUAUCGGCUACAAGCAUCCAAGGCCAAGUGCCUUGUGGCCAGUGAGGAGGUGGCCCCAGCAGUAGAGUCCAUCAUGUCAGAGUGUCCUGAUUUGAAGACCAAACUCCUGGUGUCUCCACACAGCCGUAAGGGGUGGCUCAGCUUUCAGGAGUUAUUUCAGUCUGCCUCUGCAGAGCACACCUGUGUGGAGACAGAAAGUCAAGAGCCGAUGGCCAUUUAUUUCACCAGUGGGACCACAGGUUCUCCUAAGAUGGCCCAGCACUCUCAGAGCAGCCUUGGAAUUGGGUAUACCCUCUGUGGAAGGUAUUGGCUAGAUCUGAAGUCAUCAGAUAUCAUAUGGAACAUGUCCGACACUGGCUGGGUCAAGGCCGCCAUUGGCAGUGUGUUUUCUUCCUGGCUUCAUGGAGCCUGUGUCUUUGUGCAUCAGAUGGCCCAGUUUGACACUAAUACCUUCCUAGAUACGCUUACCACUUACCCCAUCACAAUCCUGUGCAGUGCUCCCACUGUGUACCGGAUGCUUGUGCAAAAAGACCUAAAGAGAUAUAAAUUCAAGAAGCUGCGGCACUGCUUGACAGGAGGGGAGCCGCUCAACCCAGAGGUGCGGGAACAGUGGAAGGGGCAGACUGGGCUGGAACUGUACGAGGGCUAUGGACAGACGGAAGUGGGAAUAAUCUGUGCCAAUCAGAAAGGACAAGAAAUUAAACCAGGCUCGAUGGGGAAGGGAGUACCACCCUACAAUGUCCAGGUUAUAGAUGAAAAUGGCAACAUCCUACCACCUGGAAAAGAAGGAGAAAUUGCCCUCAGACUACAGUCUACACGGCCCUUCUGUUUCUUCUCAGAAUAUGUGGACAACCCAGAUAAAACUACAGCAACAAUAAGAGGGAAUUUUUAUGUGACCGGAGACAGAGGUGUGAUGGACAGCGAUGGGUAUUUCUGGUUUGUUGGCAGAGCUGAUGAUGUCAUCAUAUCCUCUGGUUACCGUAUUGGGCCAUUUGAAGUUGAGAGUGCACUGAUUGAGCACCCAGCAGUUGUUGAAUCGGCUGUUGUCAGCAGUCCAGACCCAAUCAGAGGAGAGGUAGUGAAAGCUUUUGUUGUCUUAUCUGCACCCUUUAAAUCAUCCAACCCAGAGAAAUUAACUCUUGAACUUCAGAAUCAUGUGAAAAAAUCAACUGCACCUUACAAAUAUCCAAGAAAGGUGGAAUUUGUUGAAAACCUCCCAAAGACAAUCACUGGGAAAAUCAAACGCAACAUUCUGAGAGAUCAUGAAUGGGGAAGAACAUAGCCUAAUAGGAAACUGAGUCAUGAAGAACUUAUGGAGUUACUUUCUUUUAGUCUGUUUCCUGACAACUCUUAAAAUGUUUCAGAUUUUUCCUGGUUGAAAACUCAACUGAUUUUGUGUUUUGUAGUUAGUCAAAAAAAAUAAAAAAAAAUAAUAAAAAUACUUGGGAAGAUAAUUGUUAUAAUGACUAAACUGACAAAGGCAAUGAUUGUCUUGUAGGGUUUAAAAUUGCAAGGGUCAAAUGAUUGCUUGUAAAAACAGUGGACAAUGAAUUUGUUUUGUGCCUGAUUAAUUCAAAAUAAAGAUCAGAAAUAUUCUACU